CUUACGGAUAUGCUUCAUAUCAGGACGGCAAAUUCUCGAGAAACGCACAGAAAACAAAGGAAAACAGUGGGAGAUGGACACUAAUGGCUGAAUCAGCGUGACUGGCAGUCAAUUAAAUGCAAUGUUGCAUCUAGGUCACGUGAAGGGUGUGCGAUUAGGCAUCGUUCUUAUCCAUAUGUCGUAAUCCAAUCGCACCAACCUACACCCACGCUACGCGCCAAAAAAUACUCCUAUUUCUCUCUAUAUACACGUUCCAAAUCAGGCAGACUCCCCUGCAUUGACUGAGAAAGCCGAGAGGGAGAUGAGGAACCCUGGGAAAGGAUCCAAAUGUCACGCCAAAUCGGGGCAGGAGGUGAGGAAGGAUCGGAAAUCGGCGACCGGCAUGAGCGGAUCGCCCAAGAAGGGUGGGCACGGCGGUAAGUUUACGUGGUCCGGGGACGGGAACUCCCGCACCGAGAUCGAGUUCCGCAAUGGGGCUGUGGAUUCCAAGGACCCUAACUUCGAAGAUCCUGAAGAGAUCGCGAGCGUCAGCGUUUGAUGACUAGGAUGACUAUUAUGAUGCUGCCUCUUUCCCUGUUUCACCAGAUGUAAAUAUUCAUGAAAUGUAGGAUGAUGGAGGUGGUGGUGGUGGUGAUGAUGCCUGGCAUCUCAUUUUAAUAAAUAAACUGUUCUCAUUUUCUGUAGAACUGCCGAUGUGAAUUUUCACGGAAUAUUAAUGUUGAAAUUUGGAAAA